GACCCCUUUUUGUCAAAGAGAUAUUUAUAUGCUCCCAGGCAUAUAAAUAUAUAAAAUAAGUAUACAAAUAAAACUUAUUUUGAAUGUUGAAUGGGUUUUUUUCAUGUCAGGAGUGACUUGAGAAACUGCAUGUCACUUCUGGUGUGAGAGAAUUGGCCGUCUGCAAGGACAUUGCCCAGGGACCGCCCAGAUGUUUUGAUAUUUUUACCAUUCUUGUGGGAGGCUUCUCUCAUCUCCCCUCAUGGAGCUGGAGCUGAUAGAGGGAGCUCAUCCAUGCACUCCCCGAGUUGGAUUCGAACCGGCAAUUUUCAGGUCAGCAACCCAACCUUCAAGUCAUCAGUCGUUCUGGCACAAGGGUUUAACCCACUGCACCACUGGAAAAGGUAAAUCCAUGGAUAUGGAGAAUCAAUUGCACCACAGCAGAAACAACUGAGACAUUCCUAACUUUCAUGGAUGUAAAAAUCAAACCCCUUAAGUAAAAUAAAGUGGCCCUCAGUGUCAUGGAACCAAGUCCCAGGGCUGAAUUUCCAAGCCCUGGACUUGGAGUCAUAACAUAAAUAACCCUGAAAGCACCUGGCGGGAGAAGAUAGAAUGAGCCUGGGAACUCAGGGUUGAAAGUAUAAACAAUUAUAAUUGGUAUAGUGUGUGGGAAUAGUAGAAAUGUGAUACAAAGGGUGGGGUUUGAUGAUGAUAUUUGCGUGUGGUGUUACGUUGCAUCAGAGGUGAUAAAAAUGAGUGUAUGUAAACAUUAGGUCAUUCUCGACUUUUCCAAAGUCAUGUAUUCUUCAAUAAAGAUUGGAUUUGAGAGCAGCUAUCUCUGAUCUGCGUUCAGACUGGUCCUUUGAAGUAAGCCUGACAUUUAAGUCGAGAAUCCCGUUCUCACCCUCCUGCGAAUUCGCAGUGAAGUGAUAAUGAGUGGAGAAGGAGAUCAAAGCCCAAAUGGAGCAGAGAGGCCUUUGCCAGGGGCCCGGCCGUUGGGGGAAGAGACGCUGCAAGCCAUAGCUUCCUCUACGGGGUACCCCAGGCCAAACGGCGUGACCCAGAGGAUUCCCAGAGGAGGAAGAGGCAUUUCGGCGGCGGCAGAAACCAGUUGGGGAUCUGGAGGAAGCAUGCCGGAGACCGUGGCCCUGCGGUUAUCCAUCCUGGAAACGAAUUUAUCCAGGCUGUCGGAAACCGUGGGGAGGUUGCUACCACUAUUGGAAGAGAAUCUCCAGAAGGAACCCACCCGAUAUGGCGCUGAGACAGAGCCACGUAAGGAAGAAGAUUGGAGCCAGAGGGGCCAGCGCGCCUCAACGCAGAGCCCCGUGGCGGCGAGGAGCGAGGGGGAUGAAGAAUACUGGCAGGAACUGGAGUUCCGAGACAGAAUGGCGCGUGAAGUGGAGCGCCAGCAAGCUCUGGGAACUCUGAGGCCGCCAACUCCAACAGAACUUCCAACCCAACUUCCAACCCCCCGAAUGGGCGUCGGGGUGGAAAGACCACUGAGGCCAGGGAUCGGGUCCAGUGGAUUAGCGGACGAAGGCGGAGAGGAGCCGGAGAUCCAGGAAGAGGAGGAGGAUGUGCCGUACGACGAGGGAAGGCGAGGUGCGGGGGCUACAGCGAGGCCCGCAUUCGGAUGGGUAGAAGGGCCGACAGCAGCGGCAGAAUUUCGGGAGCCGCGCAGAACGACCGCCGGAGUGGGGCGCGGCGUGUUCAAAGGGGCCGUCCAAGGAAACCCGAUGCAACCCUUCCCCAUGCCUCCCAGACAGCAGCAACGGGCCGCAGAAUGGAUGCAAAGGAGGGAAGAUCUCAAACUGGAAUACAGAGGGGAAUCAUCUGAACUGAACUUUUUCCUCAUUAGCAUCAGAGGAUAUAUAGAAGACAACGCACACACAUUCCCCUCCGAAGCAAGCAUGGUUCGGGCCAUCGGCAACACACUAAAGAGAGGAGCGGCCAGCUGGUAUGUGCAACUACAUGCCAGACGCGACCCGUGCCUGAGGUCAGUGCCCCGCUUCCUCGCCGCACUGGAAAACCGGUUCAGAGACCGGCUAGAGCAAUUGAGGGCUCGAGACCAGCUUAAAGGAAUAAAGCAGAGGGACAAAACGGUGCCCGAGUACGCAGAGGAAUUCCUCCAUCUCGCGGAAAAGGUACCAGAGUGGUCUGAAGUGACCAAAGUGGAGAUAUUCAAAGAGGGACUACACCCCGAGGUUUUUAGUUGGGCGGCGCAUAGAGACGACCCAGAAACACUCCAGGGCUGGAUACAACUAGCGGGGCGCGUCGAAUCCACCCUGGCCCAGGUGAAGCGUUUCAGGGGCGGCGGCGGCCAGCAAAGACCGGCGGCGAGAGGUCGAGGAGAAACGAGGAAGCAGGAAAGGCCCGGAGGGAGGCCGGGGACCCCCUUCAAAGGAGAUGACAACAAACCCAAACCGGGAUGCUUUGUAUGUGGGAAGACGGGCCAUCGAGCAGCGGAAUGUUGGGCCCGGAAGGGGGAGCCGCCAAAACCCUCAAAGCCCAAGCCAGCAGCCGGGAGGCGAGCGGAGGAGGAGGUGCGAGCCCCAGAAUCUCCGGAAAGGCUGGAUUGUGAUGAAAGAAGAACCGAAGAGGAGGACGAAGAAAAAGAGGGCGCCAUGUCAUGGAACCAAGUCCCAGGGCUGAAUUUCCAAGCCCUGGACUUGGAGUCAUAACAUAAAUAACCCUGAAAGCACCUGGCGGGAGAAGAUAGAAUGAGCCUGGGAACUCAGGGUUGAAAGUAUAAACAAUUAUAAUUGGUAUAGUGUGUGGGAAUAGUAGAAAUGUGAUACAAAGGGUGGGGUUUGAUGAUGAUAUUUGCGUGUGGUGUUACGUUGCAUCAGAGGUGAUAAAAAUGAGUGUAUGUAAACAUUAGGUCAUUCUCGACUUUUCCAAAGUCAUGUAUUCUUCAAUAAAGAUUGGAUUUGAGAGCAGCUA